AUGGUGUAUGCUGACGUGAAACGCUGCUUGACCUCGCCUCUGUUUUCCACUCCACUCUUUCUUGAAAAGAGAGCAACCAACUCAUUUUUCCCCUUCGCCGUCAAAUCAGGUCUUCGUCCUGAAGGGGAUGGAUCCACUCUUUAUACGUUCUGGUCGCAAGAAUUCUUGUUUCCUGCGCAAGUGUCCAGACGAGUUGGGUGUGGCUGUGUGCGAUGCGGUGUGGAAACCGUUGAUCUAGAAAACAUCCGUUGGCUUGGAAUGGUGUAUGCUGACGUGAAACGCUGCUUGACCUCGCCUCUGUUUUCCACUCCACUCUUUCUUGAAAAGAGAGCAACCAACUCAUUUUUCCCCUUCGCCGUCAAAUCAGGUCUUCGUCCUGAAGGGGAUGGAUCCACUCUUUAUACGUUCUGGUCGCAAGAAUUCUUGUUUCCUGCGCAAGUGUCCAGACGAGUUGGGUGUGGCUGUGUGCGAUGCGGUGUGGAAACCGUUGAUCUAGAAAACAUCCGUUGGCUUGGAAUGGUGUAUGCUGACGUGAAACGCUGCUUGACCUCGCCUCUGUUUUCCACUCCACUCUUUCUUGAAAAGAGAGCAACCAACUCAUUUUUCCCCUUCGCCGUCAAAUCAGGUCUUCGUCCUGAAGGGGAUGGAUCCACUCUUUAUACGUUCUGGUCGCAAGAAUUCUUGUGUCGACUCUCUGGGCGUUUCGUUCUCAGGCGAGCUUACGUUUCUUUAUUCUGGACCUACAAGAGAGAAUGCACGAAUGAUCUCUUGUACUGUGUUUUACGGUCUUUAUUGACGUAUCUCACUGGCAGUUUCCUGCGCAAGUGUCCAGACGAGUUGGGUGUGGCUGUGUGUGAUGCGGUGUGGAAACCGUUGAUCUAG